AUGAAAAAGCAGAGGAUAAAACGCGAGUCGCCCAAUUACCUCAGCCCAUCCCCCUCGCCCGACCGCGAGCUGUCACCACCUCGGCCGGCGUCAGUCCUCCCGGACUGGGAAGCCACUCCUACCAUCAUGACUUCCUCGAGACCAACGAGUGCCGCCCUCUACCCGGCCGGGCCAAUAUACCACGUCAACCCUCCCUCCCUGGCCCAGAUCCUCACAAACACCUCUCACCCGCCAUGGACCCUCGCCGCCUUCAUGGCCUACCUCUCCCAGAACCACUGUCUCGAGACGCUGGAAUUCACCAUGGACGCCGACCGCUACCGCAACGCGUACUGCCAAAUCAUCACCGAACAGGCAUCACCCAUCGCCGAUGGUAACGAACACAUUUGCUCGUUGUGGGACAAGCUCAUGCAGGCGUACAUUAUCCCCUACGCCCCGCGCGAAGUCAACCUACCUUCGAGGGUCCGUGAUCGCCUCUUGGCCCAGCCUUGCUCUCCAGUACCCCCUCGCCCCAGCGAACUGGACGAAGCCGUGACCAUAGUCUACGAGCUCAUGAACGAUUCCGUUCUCCUGCCCUUCAUUGAAUCCCUGUCACCAGCGCAUUCGGAGACACACAUGGAGGAAGACUACGCCGAUGCCUCGAGACAGGGACGGUCGAGGCUCCAAUUGUAUCACCACGAGGCUAUGCCAGCCAGGUCAGACGAUUCGAGUCGCUCGCCCAAGUUUCUGCCACAGCUGACAAUCGGUCGCAGCGGAGCCAACAGUCGAUCUGCGUCAAGGUCUGCAGAUCUCGCCGACCGAGAGGGUCUCUCCGACGACAACCACAGUGCUGCUUCGCCCAGCACCGAGCCAAUGACGCCCCCGACGACGCCCCCCACGUCGGAAUGGACCUUCAACACUUCGCCCGGCGGGUUCCAGCGGGCCCUGACUGCACACAACAACGGCUGGAAGAAGAUGGGUGCCAAGCUCGGAUUCAAUCGCAAGCCGCGGACCACCAGCCGUCGCAUCAACCCAACCUCUUCGGGCCCUGUCGACAGCGACCAGGCUAUGAGUGAUGUUAGCCGCCAAGACUCCCUAUAG